AUGUCAGCACCUUAUAAUACAUAUCAGCCAAAACAUGAAAGCAAGUUGAAUAUACAAGUUGUGAAUUAUGCAGAUGGACGAACGGCUCCAAGACAGGCAGCACCCUCACAUGCACAGCAAUUUACACCAAAUUUUACACCUAGUCAAUAUCAACCAAAUCCCUCGUCACAGCAAUAUAACAUUCCGCCUUCUCUUUACGUUCAAAAUCGCUCAACCAAUCCUGUACCUAUAACCGUUCACAAUCAACCUCAAUAUAUUCCACCUCAAGCCCCUCAUAAUUUUCAAACGGCAAAAGAUCUUAAAUCUCAAGUUCAACCAGCUUACAUGUACAACCGUCCAGCUGAACAGCAGCCGUUGAUUCCUCCGCAAAAAACAAACCCGAUUAAUCCCUCACUUGUUAGCAAAACAUCUCCUUAUAGUCCUUCUCACAUGCAACCAAAGAAUCUAGCUUCUGAGAGUCCAUACGCUAAAAAAGAGUUACGUGGUGAAAUUGAUGAUAAGCCGAUCAUCGAUCCGAGUGCAUUUCGCUAUUUAAACAUGCAGGAAAGAAAACCACCGAAAAAAACGGAUGAAAUCGAUAGUGGUAUUGAUAAUCGACCAAUAAUUAAUUUAGAUGCUGUACAACAACUUGAACGUAGACGUGAACAGCAGUUAAAUAAGAAUAAAAAAGAUGAUGAUAUCGUGGGUAUUGAUACUCGACCUAUUGUUAAUUUUGACUCUUUUCGGUACAUUGAAAAUAAGAGACAAGAUGGAAAAAAGAAUCAAGAAGAUCAAAGUCCAUAUAUCGAUACUAGACCAAUAACAAAUCCAGAGGCAUUCAGGUAUUUGGAAAGUAAACCACAGCCAAAAUCGACAAUAGAUUUAAAUGAACCAUCGAUUGAUACACGUUCGAUUGUGAAUCCAGAUGCGUUCAAAUACUUAGAACGUAGACCAGAGCAAAAAACACUCACAGAAAGUUGCAUUGAUCAUUCUCCCAUUGUAAAUCCUGAUGCUUUCAAAAAUGUUGAAAGAAAACCACAACCAAAACCAGAUAUCGAAAGUGGAAUCGAUUAUAAACCAAUCGUGAAUCCAGCAGCAUUCAAGUAUUUGGAACGAAAAGAACCACAACGAAAAAUCGAGGGUCCCGAAGUGGAUGAACGAUCUUAUGUGGAUCCGAAUGCUUUUAAAUACAUUGAUCGUCGUCCACCGCCUAAAUCAGAUGAUAUCACACCAGAAAUUGAUACUCGAAGCUAUUUACAAAACCCAAAUGCCUUGGCUCACAUUGAACAAAAAUUUCAAAAACGUGAAGAUCCAAUAGAAUCGGGUAUCGAUCGACGUGGGUACGUAAAUCCAACUGCUUUCAAAUAUAUUGAACGUCCUACUGUUGAAUCACCGCGCGAGAAAGAGAAACAAGGACCAUUAAUCGACACAACGAGUUAUUUACCAAAUCCAAAUGCCUUAGCGCACUUAGAACAAAAAUAUCAGAGAAAAGAUGAACAAAGUGGAAACGAUGUAGCCAUUGAUAAUCGAUCCUACGUCAAUUUGGAAUCAUUUCGUCAUUUACAAAAACCAACAGAAGACAGUUUAAAUGAAAACAUAAGUCAAAAAGGUGUAGAUGAAAGAUCGUUUGUAAAUCCCGAUGCUUUCAAACAUCUUGAGUUUAGAACGGAUGAAAAUCUAGUGUAUAGCGUUCCCGGACAAUCAGACCUAUGA